ACAAUUCCAAGUCUCUCAAGCUCUUUGGAGAAUGGUUACAAAAUAUUUCAACAUCAUCUGAUCAAAUAAUUAAAAAUUUACUUCUUGAAGAGCUCUCAGUUUCACUUUCAAAAUUUUUUAAAAGAAAACAAUUGUUACAAACACAACCAACUUCUAUAUCUGAUGGUAAAUCAUUAUUACUUAAACACCAAUUUGAUAAAAUGCAAAUAAUUUUGCUUCGUGAAGUUGAGGAAAAAUUUUUAUUUCAAGUGGUGAAUGCUUUUUAUAAAGCGAAAUACUUCAUUAAUACUAUUAACAUAACCCAUGAAGAACAACUUAAAGAUAUCUUCUAUCAAUUGAGUAUUAAAGGCAUUUUUGCAGUUAUCCUUAUAAAAAAAGAUAGCACAUUAAACCAUAAU